CGUGAAGGAGGCAGCAGCGACACCUCCUCCACCACCACCUCCACCAGCACCGCCGCCUCCUCCCAGGGGCUUCCCCAGCGCGCGCCGGGGCCCGAGGGGCGCGGACGGGGCCCGAGCGAGUCGCGGCGAAGGGUCCCUGAGAUGGCGGAGAGAAGUCAAGGCAAGCUGGUGGUGCAGUUGGCCCGCGGGGUGCAGGCAUGGCCUGCCGAGCUCCUGCGCCAGCGCCGCACACUGGAAGGCGGCCCCGACUACCUCAUCCGCUGGACGGUCUCCACUGCGGACGAGGCGGGCGGCGGCGGCGCUGGGGGGUCACCCGCGGCAGGGGUGGUCGCCGCCACUGCCUGGAGCUCGACCGGCGACGCCGCCGGCAAGGCCGAGAACAUUCUCAUGUGGAUGAGCGAGGAGGACGUGCGCGCGUGUUGUGGUGCUCUCUUGCGCAAGCACAAACCCGAAGGAAGUGAACGUGGUGGCACCCAUCUCCUCCAGCAGAGCUCGAGCGUUGAUGCCGACAGUGACCUGGAGGAGCGGGAGUUCUCUUCGAUGCGCAGCGACGUCAUCCAGCUGGUCAGCCGUGCACGGCGGCAGGUGGAGAGGACCUUGGGCCCCGAAGCCACGCGCAACAUCUCGCACAUCAUCCACGUGCUGAGCGCCUACGCCAGCAUCGGGCCGCUGGCGCCCGUCUUCAAGGAGGCCGGCGCCCUGGACUUGCUCAUGGAGCUGCUGUGCAACAAAGAAAUGCAGACUCGUCGCAGCGCCGGCAGAAUGUUGCGCGCUCUCGCCUCGCAUGACGCAGGCAGCCGGGCGUACGUGCUGCUCUCGCUGAGCCAACAGGAUGGCAUCGAGCAGCGCAUGGACUUCGACAACCGCUUCACGCUGCUGGAGCUGUUUGCCGAGACAACCUCUUCCGAGGAGCACGGCAUGAGCUUCGAAGGCAUCCACCUUCCUCAGAUUCCAGGGCGAUUGCUGUUCUCGCUGGUGAAGCGCUACCUGUGCGUGACGUCGCUGGCCGACGCUCUGAGCAACACGGAUGGAGCUGGGGUGGGGUCUGGAAGGGGCCCGAGUGAGUCCAGCCGACUGCAGCGCGAGUUUGACUUCUGUAUGGCGAUGGCCAAUCUCAUAACGGAGCUGGCACGCAUUUUGGGCUGGGACCGCCAAGAACCUGAGAACCAGCAGCACGGCACCAUCGCCACCCCUGCGACUCCAAGCCGGCAUUCUAUAUUCCAGGCCUCGGCGGACAGCAAUGUUUCCGCUCCGGCCACCACUCCUCCGGAUUCCAGUGGCGCGUCUGUCGGAGCCCUCAGCUCCUUCGCUCCGGUCCCCCGUGUCGGUGGCUCCGGCUCGGCCGGCGGCAGCAGCGCCACCGCCACCGCUAACGGCAGCGCCGCCAAGCAGGCAAAGCUGGCGCUGCGACAGCCGGACGACUUUCCGAGACGCGCAGAUUACGGCGAGUCUGUGCAGGCGCAGCUCCGCGUGGGGAUGCGCGUGCUCAUGCUGGAGGACUACGAGAAGGUAUCGGCCGGCGACAAGGGAGAGGUGCGCUGCGUCAACAAGGGCUACCCGCCCGUGCAGGUGUACUGGGACUCGAUGCAGGCCACGUACUGGGUGAACUGGAACAUGGUGGCUAUCAUGCCGGACGAGAGCCCCACAGAGUGUGGCACCACCCCCACCGUCCAGGUGGCAGCGGCGGCGGCCCCACGGACCGCGGCCAUCCCCACCCCAACCCAGAACCUCUUCCCAAGCCCCCCCCCACUUGCCACACCCAACUCGGAGCCCGCAAAGAUGCCGGGCCGCCCGCUCGCGGGGUUGUACGCGUUUCCGUACCUGUGGGAGGCCUCGGGUGGGCCGGAGCGCUGGGACGGGCCCGAGGAAGGGUCCUCGUUGGGCCGCACGCACUGGUGGGAGCUGCACUUCUUCCUGCGCAAACUCGAGGGCGGGCAGCAGGACAAGGCCUGCGACAUCAUCCGGGACGCCACAGGGCUUCCCGUGUUCAGUAUGGAUGACGCCUCGCUGGCAGGUCUCUCGGUUGACCCCGAGCUGGCGCUGCGCCUGCUGCGCCAUCUACUGCAGGCCGAGCCGCCCUUCCGCCAGGACCUACGGAGCUCCAGCCUCUACCGCAGGUUUUCUUCCGAGCUCGACGAUCUGCAACAUGUGGCGACUUCUCGGCAAACCACAACCAUCUUCGGCCAAAGUGAUGCAUGCAAGAGCGAGCCCGCAUCCUCCCUUCAGCAGCCGUCGUCGUCAUCUUCGCUGUCAUCGUCGUCCUUGUCUAAGAAACCCAAGAAGGAAGAGGAGGCCAAUAACGCCUCCUCGUCUUCGCCGGGCUCCCCGGCCCUCGUCAAGAUCGACGCGAGGGGUGCGGGAGCUGUCGAUGCGGUUGCCGAUCCGGAGGGGGUGCAGGAGAGGCUUCGUGAGUUUGAAGCGUUCCGCAAGGUGCCGUCGGGCGAAGGCGGCUUGACAUGGGCGGCACGCGUGCUAUGCGCGCUCACGGUCUGGAAGCUGGCGAGCCGGGCGCCCAGCGACCGUGCGCUCAAGGUGGCCGCCCUGCAGACGGCGGUCACCGUGCUGGAGGAGCGCACGCAGGCUCCUGCUGCCGGCGCUGAAGACAAGGCCGGCAGCGACGGUGAAGAGCAGCGGUCGAACAAAGAGGGCCGGCAACGCCCUCGCACGCCGCCGGGGACCGAGGGCCUCAAGCCGCUAAUGCAGGCGGUGGUGCGGGAAUUGGAGUUGACGGUCGAGGACGUGGGCCCCGUUUACUGGGCCCUGCGUGUGGUGCGCGCCGUGCUGGUGCGGCCGGAGUGCUGCCCAGCGUUUGUGGAGGAGGGAGGAGUGGCGGCGCUGCUGGCAUGCAUGAGCACGCACGCCGACACGCUGGCCAUCCUGCACCUCGCAUUCACCUGCCUGCAUCUCGUGCUUGGUGUGGAGCUGCCCGAACCCUUGACCCAGGACAAUAUUGGGGGUCGCGGGGUCGUCAAGGCAGUGGCUAACGGGUCGGCGGGGAGCCGGAGGGGAAGUGAGUCGGACUGGACGGCCGCACGCGAGGCCCUGUUCAGCCUGGCCACGUCCGACCCCAUGGACAGCCCCUUUGCCGCCAUCGUGGAGGGCCUGGAGAAGAUCAUGUCCUCACCAGGGAAUAACAGCGCGGCGAGCGAGGCGCUGCAGCUUGUGUUGGGCCUCAGCGAGGUUCACCAGGGCGUCGCGAAACACCUGGGGCACUGCGGCAUGUCGCGACUGCUCGUCAGCUGCAAAAAGAAGGUGUUGUCCAUCGACCAGUGGGGCCGCUUCCUGGAGAUGCUGGGCCUGUACAUGGCCGUCGGAGGGGACGUGGCGUCGGAGUUGGUGACCAAGCUGCAUCGGUUGCAGCUGCCAAUGCAGCUGCGGAGCAGCGAGUUGUGCCGCAACAGCCUGCUGGUGCUGGACGGCUGGCUGUCGGGCGAGACCCCGAGGUCACCCAACGACAUGCAGCUCGCAGCCGUCAUGGCUGCCCUGGGCGAGCCUGACGCAUUCCGCAACAUCCUCGCACAGAUGGACGCCCUGCGCUCCGACAAGGAGUUGCAGCUCGCCGUGCUGCGGAUCCUGAGCCGUCUCGUGGAGCGCGACUCUCUUCCGUGGCACGAGUUUGUGGAGACGAGCCUCGCUCCCAUGAACACGCACAUCGGCGACAAGGAGGUCCAGCAGGAGUUCAUCACUCUGCUCCACCGCCUGGCGGUGGACAACAAGGACAAUGCGAUUGUCAUGUGCCAGCUGGGGCUGCGCGAGGCCAUCGGCCGCUCGCUCGAACGGCACGGACUGAGCCUGCGGCUGGCGGGCGAGCUGCGCGACCUCGUCGCCGACUGUGAGAAGCACGCCGGCCUCUACCGCCGCCUCACCACCAGCAUCCUGGCCGGCUGCAUACAGAUGGUGCUGGGCCAGAUUGAGGAAUCGCGGCGCACCCACGCGCCAAUCCACAUCCCCUUCUUCAACGUCUUCCUCCGCAACCUGUGCCAAGGCUCUAAGGUGGAGAUGAAGGAGGACAAGUGCUGGGAGAAGGUGGAGGUGUCCUCCAACCAAGCGCGGGCCGCCCGUCUGACAGACGGUAACGCCAAGACCUACUGGGAGUCCAACGGCAGCACGGGUUCGCACUACAUCAACAUCUUCAUGCACAAGGGCGUCGUGAUCCGGCAGCUGAGCGUGCUGGUGGCGAUCGAGGACUCGAGCUACAUGCCGGCACGGCUCGUGGUGUUGGGGGGCGAGGACCCCACGGACGUGAGCACCGAGCUCAAUGCGGUGAACGUACCGUCGUCGGCCAGCCGGGUGCUGCUGCUGGAGAACGCCACGCGCUACUGGCCCAUUGUGCAGAUCCGCAUACGGCGCUGCCAGCAGGGAGGGAUAGACACGCGUGUGCACGGGUUCGAGAUCCUGGGCCCCAAGCCCACGUUCUGGCCCGUGUUCCGCGAGCAGCUGUGCCGCCGCACCUGCCUCUUCUACACGGUGAAGGCCCACACGUGGACGCAGGCGCUGGGCCACGACCGCACGCACGUGCUGCAGCUCUACAGCAAGAUGAGCGCGGUGUUGCGUCACGAGCAGCAGUUUGCCGAGCGGUUUCUGCCGGACUUGGAGGCGGCGCGGGCCCUGGGACAGACGUGCUGGGAAGCCCUUGCGACGCCCAUCAUCAGCAACAUCUCCACCGUCAACAAAGGGGAUGAGAGCAGCCCGUUCGCCUGGCUACUUGUGGAGUACCUGGGCGCGGGCGGGGGCCGCGGAGCCGGCGUGGGGGAGGCGACGGGCGGAGGAGUCCCCCGGCGGGGCCAGCGCGGGAAGUCGCUGGUGUUCGCAUCGCGAGCGCGCCGCCUGUGCCGCCUGCUGGUGCACGUGGACACCAGCCCUGCCGCCAUGGAGGGCACCAUCCGGCCACCCUGCAAACCCGACCUGAAGACGAGCAAGGGCAAGGAGCGCAACGGUUGCAGCGCACCGGAGGGAGGACAGGAGGAGAAGGCCCCGCGGAAACCCAGCGCCAUUUCGCAGCUGGCGUCUUGCUGGGCCGGGGUGGUGCAGCAGCAGGUGUCGACGUUUCUGGACUUGAGCUGGAACGCGGCCGAUUUUGCGGAGCUCUAUCAAGAGCAGUUUGCGAGGCUGAGUGGCGCCAUGCGUGAGCUGUUUGGGAACCAUGCAGCCUUCAUGCUCGCUCUGCGAGAGGGCUUCCGCUCGGCCCUGCUGCACCUGCCGCACCUGCCCGGCGUCAAGGUGGCUGAGGUGUUGGCUCAAAAUGUGGACCGGCGCAUCCGGGCACUGGGGGUGGCACGGGCCAGCGGGGACGGCCUGGCGCAGCUCAUGUCCUCCUUGGAGCCAAUCACCUUCCUCUCCGGCCUAGAGAUGGCCAACACCUUCGAGCACUUCUACCGGUUCUACCUGUGCGAGCGGCUGCUGGUGCUGUGGGCCCUCUGGCUGGAGCCGCUGGUGAGCGCCCAGCUCGAGCCCUGCUUCCCGGGCCGCCUGCCCCAGCGCAUGCUGCACGACCUGGCCGACUCGGAGCGUGCCGCCACGCACUACACGCAGUACCGCCUGGAGAAGCUCGACCGCAGCCUUGCCUCCCUCUCCGACGAGGAGAUGGAAGACGGAAUGGAAGAGGAGGAGGAGGAGGGGGAAGAGAGGGGGAGCCCUUCCGCUUCUGCCCCAGAGCUGCAGGUCAUGGUGCUCUCAUCGGCCUUCUGGCCCGUACCCCCUUCUGCGCACAUGGCCCCCCCAGCGGGGAUGCUGCCGCCACCAUUGCUCGACUUUGUGCAGGAGUACACGGAGUUCUACUUCACAGAGCAAAGGCUGUUUGGCGUUUGGCACCAGCAGCCCAAGAGGCUGCAGUGGACGUGGCUGGGCCGCGCUGUGCUCGCGUCGCCAGACGGUCGCUUCUCGCUGCUGCUCUCCACCCUACAGAUGUUCGUCCUGCUGCUCUUCAACCGGCAGCAGGAGGUGCUCGUGGAGGAGGUCGCACGCGUGACUGACGCGGCGCCGUCCCUGCUGCGCCCGGCGCUUGCUGCCCUGCUGCGGCCCAGCGGGGUGCUCACCUCGAGCGACGCCGACCUCGACUCGCUCACGGGGGUGCUGCGGAUUAACGAGACGGCCCUGGAGGCGAUGAGCUCCAGCGGCGAUGGGCCCGUGUCGCUGCUGCCAGCGCAGACGUACCCGGCGAGCGAGGAGCUGGUGACGCGCCUUCUGGAGCGCAAGAAGAACGUGCUCUCCUGCGCCAUCAUGCAUAUUCUGAAGGCCGAAUUGGAGCUGCACAUCGACCACCUCGUCCACAAGGUGGUGGAGGUGUGUCAGAAGGGCAAUCUGGGCGGUCGCACCUUCGCACGCUUCACCUGCAGUGCUGUGGAGGUCAGCUGGUGCAUCGAGCGCCUGCUGCACAAGGGCUACCUUUGCCGGGAAGACGACAGCCCGCAGGUGCUGUACUACGUCCCAUCUGACCCCGCCUCGCCGGACAAACGGCGUGCCUACUCGAGCUGGCGACACCUCGACACGAUCAGCAAUCACGGCCGCGCGGGCACCGUGGCGCCCUGCCACGCACCUGGUGACGCCACCGUCCCCAAACAGGUGGUGCCCCAGGUGGAGGUGGCACUGAGCUCGCGGUGGCUCAGUGCGGGCCGCACGCUCUCACAGGAGGACGUGAGGCGCCUCAUGACCGGCGGCAUCGCCCAGGUGCAGGAGGUGCUGGGCCUGAGCGUGACCGUGGCCGAGCACCUGCUGGUGCACUGCGGAUGGAACAUGGACGUGCUGCUGCAGCGCUUUGCGGAGGCUCCCGUCGAGCUCAUGCGCGCCGCUGGCCUGGCCGUGCGCAACGCGCCGCCCCCCGCCCCCCCCCCGCCGCCGCUGGCCCCGGCGCCCGCCGACACCUGCCCCGUCUGCCUGCUCACCACCGUGGACCACAUCGCGCCGCUCUGCUGCCGCCACUCCUGCUGCAAGUCGUGCUGGAGGGAGUAUCUCUCCAUGAGAGUGGAGCAGAACAUGGUGACGAACUGCAAGUGCCCCAUCUCAGAGUGCCUGGCCCAGCCGCCACCAGAUUUCAUCCGCAGCAUCCUGGAGCAAGAUGCCGAGGCAUUGGCAAUGUACAAUCGCGGGCUGGUGCGCUGCUACGUGGAGAGCUGCACCAACCUCACGUGGUGCACCAACCCUCAGGGCUGCGACCGCAUCCUGUGCACCGACUCGAUCGGCCACGCUGGCACCUGCGCCAAGUGCCACUGGAGCUCCUGCUUCUCCUGCAACUUUCUGGAGGCGCACUACCCUGCCAGCUGUGGGCACAUGUCCCAGUGGAUGGACGACGGCGGGUACUACGAGGGCAUGAACUCGGAGGCGCUGAGCAAGCACCUGGCCAAGCUCAUCUCCAAGCGUUGCCCCAGCUGCCAGGCGCAGAUCGAGAAGAACGAGGGCUGCCUCCACAUGACUUGCGCCAAGUGCAACCAUGGUUUCUGCUGGCGCUGCCUAAAGCCCUGGAAGCCGACCCACAAGGACUACUACAACUGCUCGGGCAUGGUGAGCCGUGCGGCCAAACAAGAGAAAAAAUUCCACGAUUACAACGAGAUGUGCAUUUUCCACCACCAAGCGCGGGAGUUUGCGGUGAAGCUGGCGGCCAGGGUGGCAGCAGCCAAAGAACAUCUCCCGCUGCACUCGCUCGUGUUGGUCACGGACGCCUGCAACAUCCUCGUGCAAGCCCGCAAGGUGCUGUCCUACUGCUGUGUGUAUAGCUAUUACAGUCAGGAGGCUGAGAAGAUGACCUCGCUAGAGCAGCAGAUGCACAACCUGGAGUUAAACACUAACAGCCUGCAGGUUCUACUCGAGAAGUCGCUGCUGCAUUGUACGGAGUUGGCGUGGUGCGUGCGACUGCUCAAGCCGGUGCACCUGGCGUUAGGCCGCACCAUCAUCGGACGCAUCCAGGAGCGGCUGCUCGCGAUUCUGCACGCGUCCACACAGGAUUUUAGAGUCGGGCUGCAGGCCGAGGGCUCGGCGACAAUGGACCGCGAUGGGGAGUCGGCCCCAAACGCGGAGAACAGAAACCUCAACAUCACCAUAGAGUGCACUGAGGCGGAGACUGAAGAGGGUGGUGGAGACGACGGGACGGGCGAAGAGGGGGAGAACGACGAGACUUGGCGCGAGCAGUUUGAGUUUGGGGACACGGAGGACGACUUCACGGACGAGGACGACGAGGAUGAGGACGACACGGACUAUGUGGAUGGGGACGUGAUGUUCUCGGGCGAGGAGGAUGACUUCUUUUCCUAAAGAUGACCAUGCGUGCCACCACAAUCACUCCGCGCCACUACAACCACCCGCAUUCACCGCCACCGUGCACCAUCGUGCACCACUGUCUCGCGACACUGCACCUUCCGCACACAGCGCGACCCAAGCCAUUCCAUGGCCGCCCGGGGGCGGCCCUGCGUGCGCUUCUUCUUACACUUCCCGUGCUCGUGUCCGUUUCCCCGGCUCUGCCGGCCGCUCCUCGUGGGGGAUGAAUCCCCGUCGUGCCCCGCGCCAUCGCUAGGAUGGCCCCGCGCUGCGCCCAGCAGCAGGCCCGUGUGAGCCCUGCUGUUGAAGGGGCGCUCGCUGCAGCUUUGAGUUGUUUUCGUGUUGGCUCGGUUGAGGAGCCAUGCACUUGUUGUUGUGAACGUACGGAGAAAUGCAGCUGCACCUGGCCCCUAGGGCCACGGACACACGAAUCAAAGAACGUGCACAGUUUAACCUAUACGAAAAUUUGAGUUUGGAAAUAUUGCUGAAUAUUUUACACCAUUAAAGUGUAAUAUUUUAAAAAAUAAAGUAUAUGACGAGUUGG